AUGUCGAAAGUCGUACGAAGCGUCAAGAACAUUACGAAAGGAUACAACAAUGUGCAAAUUAAAGUCCGGAAUGCUACAAGCAAUGAUCCAUGGGGUCCCGUUGGAUCAGAUAUGGCUGAAAUUGCCCAACUGACCUUUAAUUCGGCGGAAACUUUUUAUCAGAUCAUGGACAUGCUCGACAAACGUUUGAAUGACAAGGGCAAAAAUUGGAGACAUGUUUUGAAGGCUUUGAAAGUGUUAGAUUACUGUCUACACGAAGGUUCCGAGUUGGUGGUGACAUGGGCACGGAAGAAUCUUUAUAUCAUCAAGACUUUGAGAGAAUUCCAGUAUAUCGAUGAGGAUGGAAGAGAUGUUGGUCAAAAUGUCCGAGUUUCCGCCAAAGAACUAACAUCUUUAAUUUUGGAUGAGGAUAGACUUCGAGCUGAGCGAGCUGACCGCAAAAACUGGAAGUCUAGAGUUACUGGCCUGGAUGAAUUUUCCGAACCUUCAGAUGCACAGCCACGCCGACAACGUCCACACCGAGCGCAGCGCGCCGAUGAAGAGGACGCGGAAUAUCGAUUGGCUAUCGAGGCCAGUAAAUACCAGGAAGAAGAAGAUCGCAAGAAACGUGAGAGCAGGCAAGGGCGUGGCGAGCCAGACGACGAGGAUCUUGCUAAAGCUCUUAAGCUUAGCCAAGAGGAAGAAGAGUUACGCAGACGUGAAUUAGAGGAGCAAAAUGCGCAUUCGCUCUUUGAUGAUGAUCCUAUUCAGGUAGCACAACCCACCGGUUUUAACGGAGGAUACCAGCAACAAGGAGCCGUCGAUUGGUCGGGAAAUCCGAUUGACAUACAGCCUACCGGAUAUUUGAACCCUUACACGAAUUACCAGAAUGCGCAACCUACCGGCUACCAAAAUACAGGUUAUCAAAAUGGCUUCGCCGCCCAACCGACAGGUUUUGAUCCUUAUGCAUCACAGCAACAGCAAUCAUUUCAACCACAAUCUACUGGAUUCAACCCCUAUGGCCAAUUUCAACAACAGCAGCCCCAGCCCCAGCAGCAGCAUCUAGAACAUAUCGCUCCCGCCGGAACAAAUAACCCUUGGGCGACAAACCAGAGCCAGCCACUCCAAUCUUUACAACCGAUGCCAACUGGAUCCAACAAUCCUUUUGCACAAUCUUUUACCCGCCCGCACACCAGCUCGGCUGCAUCCAAACCCACCCUUGCUACACUCCAAGAACAGAAGACCUUGGGCCAGUUCAGCAACACGCCAUCUUUCAACAACACACCAUCUUUCAAUCCAAGCCCUUCAUUCUCACCGCAACCACCCCAAAAAGAACUAUCGGAACAUGAAGCCAGGCUCAAUGCGCUUCUGGCAAGUGGGGAUGGAAUGGACACUUUUGGAAAUACCGGAAACCUUAGAAUCCCAGCGCAACAUACUGCACCAGGAACUUUUGUUAAUAGUGCAGGCGCUGGCUUAGGACGUAUCCACGAACAACAAACCGGUAACAAUCCAUUCCUCCAGACACAAUACACGGGCAUGCCACAAACGACGUACCAGAGUAACCCUCAAAAUAAUGCUGCUGGUGCGUUCGGCAACAGUCCAUUUGGUCGCCAAGUCCCGGCCGCCACUGGACCGGCCGGUAUGAAUGGUGGCAUGAACGGUUUUGGUCAAUCGAGCAACCCCUUUGGUCUAAGACCACAACAGGGACAAAAUGGCCAGGGCGGGGAUUUGAUUCAAUUCUAG